UAACACAUGUUAAGGGUUUAUUCACUUUAUUUAAUUAUUAUUAAAAAUGAUGAGAAUUAUAGGACAUAAAGCAGCGUAUUUUCCGGUGGAAAGGAGCAAAAGUUGGCCGGCAUAUACGUGGCAGCAUAGCAGCCGCUUGAUCCUCAUGCAAAUGGCUCUCCACCUUUAGAUCAUCACUCUCAGUACUUUCUUUUCAAGUUUGAUCAGAGAGAGAUGAGACUGAAAUAGUUGAUCAAAAAAUUGAAGAAGAUGGUGGAUGUUGUUGUGUGUAGAAUUACUCAAUUAACACACAAGUAAGUAAUAAUCAAUUAAUCACCAUCUUGAUUAGAGAAAGAAAGAGGAGAGAGAAAAUAAAGAGAGAAGAAUUAAGCAGCUUUAGGGAGAGGCCAUGGCGGCGUUGCAGACCUGUAAUUCUGCGUCUUUAAUGCAAACAACACAACCUCAGUCUUGAAAGAGAGCCAAUUCCAAACCCAAAUCCCCCUCCUUUCUUUUUCUCUCUCUCUUAAAAAAAAGUCAUCGCCCCCACCCACUCAAUCCUCUCUCUCCUCCCCUCAAAAUAAAGCUGCCACACUCUCUCUCUCUCUCUCUACAAAAUAAAAAACAGAUUACACCCUAAUUCAUUCCCGUUGUUUGGGCUAUCUUUGUUAGUACUACUCAGAAAUUGUCUGCCUCAAAACGCACACUCCAAGAAUACCAAAAACGGCCGCUCCCACCAGUCAUUUUCACCAUGACCACAUGGCCGGCUUCUUCUCACUAGGCGGCGGCGGAGGCGGCGCCUCCGCCACCGGCCGCGACCAAGACGGCCACACCAACACCACCAACCCGGACAUCAACCCGGAGAGCUGGUUCCUCUACCGCAACGACGAGAUUCCGCCCUACCGCGGCUUCGAGCUCUGGCAGCCGCAGCAGCCGCCGCCACAGCACCAGCCGCAGCUGCAGGACCUCUACGCCUCCGCGGGCGGGCUCGCCGUCGGGCCCAGCCGCGGAGGCUUCAGCAUCACCGAGGAGUCCGCCCGGCCCGGGUUCCUCAUGAUGCGAAGCGGCGGAGGAUCCGGAGGAGGGAUCAGCUGCCAGGACUGCGGCAAUCAAGCGAAGAAGGACUGCUCGCAUAUGCGGUGCCGGACGUGCUGCAAGAGCAGGGGAUUCCAGUGCCAGACGCACGUGAAAAGCACAUGGGUGCCCGCCGCAAAGAGGCGCGAGAAGCAGCAGCAGCUCGCCGCCCUCCAGCAGCGCCAGGAGGAAGGGAAGGAGAGGGAUCACUCCUCCAAGCGCCAGAGGGAGAGCAGCUCCAACUCCCUCGUCUGCACCAGAAUACCCACUUCCGCCACAGGGUUAGAGUUGGGGAAUUUUCCAUCUGAAGUGAGCGCGGACGCGGUGUUCCGGUGCGUGAGGGUAUCGGCGAUCGACGACAGGGAGGAUCAAUACGCGUACCAAACCGCCGUCAACAUCUCCGGCCACGUCUUCAAGGGAAUUCUCUACGAUCAAGGCACGGAAACGCAGUACAUGGCCGCCGGAGAGACCUCCUCCGGCGGCGGAAGCGUCCAGCAGCAUAAUUUAAUCGCCGCCGCCGCCACCUCCACCGCCGACACCGCUGCGGCGGCAGCGUCGCCUUCCCCUUAUAUGGACCCCUCUUUAUACCCAGCUCCCCUCAAUAGCUUCAUGGCCGGUACGCAAUUCUUCCCACCACCAAGAUCUUGAAAUUAAUUAUAUCAAAAUAAGAUUACAUAUUUAUAAGUUCCACAUUUUCCCCUUAACUCAAACUUAAUCAUAUAUAAAUCCAAGGUGAAACACAGAUUAAUUAGAGCUUAAUUUGAUGUUUUUGUAAGAAAGCAUAGUAGGAUUAUUUGUGGUGGUGUUUGUUGUAAAAAUCCCAUUAGUAAUAUUGGAUUGGAAAUUCAGGGGAUUUAUGUCUGGAUUUUUUAGUUUGUAAUUCGUAUGCUUCUCUUUUUUUUUUAAAUUUAUAUACCAAUCUUUGAUGAAUGAAUUGUUUGUCUCAAUGGAAUAUCUACUUUGGUUGAAUAAAAAUGUAGAAUACAUAUGCA